AUGGCCUACGGUCCCUUGGCGCAAUGCGCCUUCAUGUCGGGCCCGUCCCCCUUCAAGAAAAAGGCACCGCCCAGCAAUGAGAAGAAGACCUUCAAGGACAUGUUGCCGCCAUGGAAGCCUCCAGAUCGAUGCGAAGCACCUCCACCAGGUUCUUUCAUGCUGUAUUGCUUCGACAUGGAAGAAGUGAAGUCUGACGCGAGCGCUGCCAGCCGAUCCCUUCCGUUGGAUGAAAUGUCAGCCGUCGUGUUUGGCUCCUCCCAAGAUGUGGAUGGCAUGGUCUAUGAUGGCAACAAAGGUGUCAGGCCAGAGCAUGCGGCCAUCUAUUACAUGAAAAGCCGAUGGUUCCUCAAGGCCGUGAAUGGACCCGUCACGGUUGAGAGUAUGACUUUGCACCCCCAUCUCAAAGACUCCGAUGGCAAGCCGCCCAAGCGCUACACGUCGGCCGUGACCAAAAAGAUGGAGACGAUUGAGCCCAUGGAUGCCAAAAGGAAACUUACCAGAGAGUUCUGCGUGUUUCGCCUCGGUGACUCAGAUCGUCGAUUCUGGAUCGGUGGACCGCUGCCGGUAGGGGAUGGAGAAACGGAGGAGGCCGGUAGCGGUGCCGGGAAUGCCCCGGAAAGCCGGGCUGAGCGCAAGAAGGACCGAAAGGAGCGAGAGAAAGAGCGCGAUCGCAGGGAGGAUCGCGACAGGGAGCGCUCACGCUCCCCUCGCAGCCGCAGCCGCAAGCGAAGGCGCUGA